GGCGAAGGCCCCGCGCGGGGCCACGAGCCCGGCGCACCGAGCGCGCGCUCGCGAAAGGGGCGGGGCGGCUCGGCGGCGCCACCUUUGAGCGUCACGGGUGGGGCCGCUGCUUUGGGGCGGAGGGGGCUGAACAUGUCGCGCCUGAGGGGAGUAGCCGGGAGGGAUCCCCGAGCGGGGUUCAAACCUGAUGGGAGAGACUGCUGUACCUCCGUACCCCAGGGGCUGUUAAAGGCAGCGAGGAAGAGCGGCCAGUUAAACCUGUCGGGUAGGAACCUCAGUGAAGUGCCUCAGUGUGUCUGGAGAAUAAAUGUAGAUAUCCCUGAGGAAGCUAAUCAGAAUCUUUCAUUCAGUGCUACUGAACGAUGGUGGGAGCAGACGGAUUUGACCAAACUAAUCAUAUCAAACAAUAAACUUCAGUCACUUACAGAUGACCUUCGACUGCUGCCUGCACUGACUGUACUUGAUAUACAUGACAAUCAGCUGACAUCCCUUCCUUCUGCUAUAGGAGAGCUAGAAAAUCUUCAGAAACUUAAUGUCAGCCAUAACAAACUGAAAACACUCCCUGAAGAAAUUGCAAACCUAAGAAAUCUGAAGGGGCUGUAUCUCCAGCAUAAUGAACUAACUUACAUAUCAGAGGGAUUUGAACAACUUUCCAAUUUAGAAGAUUUAGAUCUUUCGAAUAAUCGUCUUACAACUGUUCCUGCUAGUUUUUCUUCUCUAUCCAGUCUGGUGCGACUCAAUCUUUCCAGUAAUCAACUGAAGAAUUUGCCAGCAGAAAUAAGUAGAAUGAAAAGAUUAAAGCAUUUGGACUGUAAUUCAAAUCUCUUGGAAACUAUACCUCCUGAAUUGGCUGGCAUGGAAUCACUAGAAUUGCUUUAUUUGUGGAGAAAUAAAUUACGUUUUCUACCAGAAUUUCCUUCUUGUAGACUUUUGAAGGAAUUGCACGUAGGUGAAAACCAGAUUGAAAUGUUAAGGGCAGAACAUCUUAAGCAUCUGAAUUCUAUCCUUGUGCUAGACCUGAGGGAUAACAAGUUAAAAUCUGUUCCAGAUGAAAUUACACUGCUGCAGUCUUUGGAAAGGCUUGACCUAAGCAACAAUGACAUUAGCAGUCUGCCCUAUUCAUUGGGAAACCUUCAUUUGAAAUUCCUAGCACUAGAGGGAAAUCCUUUGAGAACGAUUCGAAGAGAAAUUAUAAAUAAAGGAACCCAAGAAGUUCUAAAAUAUCUACGAAGCAAGAUUAAAGAUGAUGGACCUAGCCAAAGUGACUCUGUUACUGAGACUGCAAUGACACUACCAAGUGAAUCCAGAGUCAAUGUACAUGCCAUUGUCACAUUAAAAAUAUUAGACUAUAGUGAUAAACAAACAACUUUGAUUCCUGAUGAAGUGUUUGAUGCAGUAAAAAGCAACAUCGUCACUUCUAUUAACUUCAGUAAGAAUCAGCUAUGUGAAAUUCCAAAAAGGAUUAUAGAACUGAAGGAAAUGGUUUCUGAUGUUAAUCUCAGUUUUAAUAAGUUUUCCUUUAUAUCUUUGGAGUUAUGUAUGCUUCACAAAUUGACUUUUUUGGAUCUCAGGAACAAUUUCUUAAAUUCUUUGCCUGAAGAAAUGGAAUCAUUGAUAAGACUACAAGUGAUCAAUCUUUCCUUUAAUAGGUUCAAAAUACUACCUGAAGUUCUAUACCGUAUCCUCACACUUGAAACUGUUCUGAUUAGUAAUAAUCAGAUUGGAUCUGUGGACCCUGAGAAAAUGAAGACAAUGGAAAAUCUGACCACAUUGGACCUUCAAAAUAAUGACCUCCUACAUAUUCCACCAGAACUUGGUAAUUGUGUAAACUUAAGAACAUUACUACUAGAUGGAAAUCCAUUCCGUGUUCCUCGAGCGGCCGUACUAAUGAAAGGAACAGCUGCUAUAUUGGAAUAUUUGAGAGACCGAAUUCCUACUUGAAUUGGAGUUGUUUCAUAAUCCUGGUCAGGUUGAUUCUUAAAAGGAUACAACAUUUUGUUUUAGUAUUAUCUUAAAUAUGAUUGCUAUAAUCUUGUAGUUUCCCAGUAUCACCUAGUCGUUUGUAUAAUUUGCCUGGGCCAUAUUCACUGCCAUUAAAUAUUUUUACAUUAACAACUAUUUAACAUUUUUCUAAGGUGUUGUGUACAUUGAUAAUGGUGAUAACCACAUGUUGUGUGCAUACAUUUGUUCUGAAUAUUUUACACAGGAUUUAUCCCACUGACUUUCAUUUUCUUAUAGCAGGCAGUUUCUUUAAAAGUGAAUUUUUAUUUAAUGUGAUUUAGUAUUUUUGUAAUAACAAAGCAUUUUUGUAGAACUGGGUUUUCUUUUUCAUUUCUUUUUGUAUUCCAUAUAAUGUGACCAAUUGACUUGAAUAUGACUAUCCAAUUUCUACCUUUUUAUUAGAUAUAAAAUUGAAAUGAAUUUUACAGAAUACUGGGUUUUGGCAUUUAAAAAAACAAGACCUUUCAUUACUCAUGAUAGGAUUUUUCUGAUAUGAUUGGUCUCAGUACAAGUUUUAACAUUCACUGUCUUGUUUUUGUUGUUGAAAUGUUUCUUUUCUAGCUAUUGGGUAGGUUUCUUUCCCUUGUUUUAUGGAAUUAUCAGGGUUGUUAAUGUCUAACACUUUAGGUCUAAUGAAAUAGUAAUUAAAAAAGAAGGGUUGCUAAUAUCACAGAAAUGUACUCAAGAUACAAUUAUUGGAGAAAAUAGUGUAGAGUUUAAAUUUGACAAUAUUUUUAAUGAUGUCUUGGUAUUGUUUCCCCACAAUAAUCUUUAGAUUCAAGACAAUUAAAAAAAUUGGAUCUGUAUAUUUUCCCUUCAGUGAGAGUGUGAGCAUUUAAAAAUACCUUUUGUUUCUUAAAAAAAAAAAAAGUAUUGAAGACCAUAUCUUAUUGAUUCUCUAGAUAACAGCAACAGAAAACAACUAAUAACAUAUACCACACAGAAAUCUUAAAAUGUACUUUGUUUAAAGACUUAUUAAGCAGUUAUUUGUAUGCCUAAUCUACUCUGUGUGUGUUUUAAUCUAAUGUUGUACAUCUUAUUUCUAGCAUCUUAAUUUUAAAAUUUGCUUGUGAUCUUCUUUUUUUUUUUUUUGGGACAGGGUCUCCUUUGUCGCCCUGGGGUAGCGUGCAGUGGCAUCAUCAUAGCUCAUUGCAACCUCAAACUCCUCGGCUCAAGUGAUCCUCCUGCCUCAGCCUCCAA